CCCAGGGGCGGGGCUUGCCCAAAGCUGUUACUGAAGGAGCAGGAUCGGAGGAAAGGAAUGAGAAGGGUGCUUUAGGCCAGGAGAACUAUGGGGUUUCCGUCGCUUACACUCUUCCAGGUUUGCUGGCUCUUCACCUCGAAGCCUGGGCUUGCAGGGCAGCAGGUUCUCACCUUCCAGCCCGGUCUCCCUGGUGUCUCCGCCGAGGCAGCUCCUCUGCAUGGGCCAGAUUCCGUUCCUGGCCAGGCCAACCCUGUCUCGGGAUCAUCUAGAGAGCAUCAGCUGGGCUUGGGAGCGAAGGGAGGAGACGCCUGAAACACAAUCGUAUUGCUUCAUCCCCCGAGGGCACCGAGGAGGACGCAGCGCUGGGAGCAAGGAUCAGGGCCAGGGCGCGGGAAGUGGAGAACAGGGAACAGGACCCAGGCGCAGGGCUGGGGAUCAGAGCGCGGGAAGUAGGGCGCAGGAGCCGGGUUCAGGCAGCAGGACAUGGCGAACAGACCACGGUAUACUCACCGCUGAGCAGCGUCCCGGUUGGCGGGCCGCGCAGGCCGGGCCGCCGCGGAAAGGAAAGGCCGGAGCCCUCCGGCUCCCUCCCCUGGGACACUUCCUGCACCGCUCUAGGACCGAGGAGGUCUCCUCAUCUCAGUGGUUCGCUUCCCCGCCUCCCGGCCGAGGUGUACGCGGGGGGUGACAUCCGACACCCCCGGCCCGCGCGGCCCGCCCCGCCCCGCUCUGUGCUCGCCCGGCUUGGGCGCGGGGCCCGGGCUUUGGCUUUGUGGGCCUCCGCAGCUCCUUAGGGAUGCGCGCGUCCCGACGGGACCCGGACGCUGGGGGCCAGUUCGCGCAGCCACUAGCCAGGGAGGCCGGCCUGGGGCGCCGCUCUUCCCUUGCUCUUCUCUUGUGGACGCAGGGAAGGGCCGGUCUGGCGGCGCUGGCGGAAUGCCAGAAUUGGGAGGAGGAGAGAUGAGGUGUAGGGGGAUUGCUCGGUGACCACCCGCAUCCAGUCUGUGCCGGUGUGGCCCAACCCCUUCCAGCCAAAAUUCCAUUUCAAAGCCAGCGCUUCCAGAGCCACCCAGGCCCGCAAGGCUGGAGAAAGGCAGACCCGACGAUCCGCUAGGCAUGCCGAAGCAUCGGCCAGCGCCUUCGUGGCGCGGAAAUCCUCCGCUGUAUCUCUGUUUAAGGAAGGCUGUAGCGUUCUGUGUUCUGUGAGCAGUAGGACGGUCCUGAGGAGCUUUUCUUCCAUGGCUCAGGACACACUCCUGGAUCAAGCUCAGAGAACUUUCUGUGUGGACCUAAGGCCAAGGACCCUUGAAAGGGCUGCGGAUGAAGAUGACAAGCGUCCGCUGCAAGCUGGCCCAGUAUCUAGAGGACCUCGAGGAUGUGGACCUCAGGAAAUUCAAAAUGCACUUGGAAGAUUAUCCACCCGAGAAGGGCUGCAUCCCACUCCCCAGGGGCCAGAUGGAGAAGGCCGACCAUUUGGAUCUAGCCACACUCAUGAUUGACUUCAAUGGGGAGGAAAAGGCAUGGGCCAUGGCUGUGGGGAUCUUUGCAGCUAUCAACAGGAGAGACCUCUGGGAAAAAGCCGAGAAGGACCAGCCAGAGUGGAAUGAUGCACACGCUUCUAAUCUCACUGUGGUAUGCCAGGAAGACAGCCUUGAAGAGGAGUGGAUAGGUUUACUGGGAUACCUUUCCCAAAUAUCAAUUUGUAAAAAAAAGAAAGAUUACUGUAAGAUAUACAGAAGACAUGUGAGAAGCAGGUUCUACUGUAUCCAAGAUAGAAAUGCACGUCUGGGUGAGAGUGUGGACCUCAACAAACGCUACACUCAGCUACAAAUGGUCAAGGAACAUCCUAACAAGCAAGAGAGGGAGUAUGAACUAUUGACCAUUGGCAGGACCAAAAUGUGGGACAGCCCCAUGAGUUCCAUUAAGCUGGAGUUGCUGUUUGAGCCUGAGGAUAAGCACACAGAGCCUGUGCACACAGUGGUGUUCCAGGGAGCAGCAGGCAUUGGGAAAACAAUACUAGCCAGGAAGAUUAUGUUGGACUGGGCAUCUGGGAAGCUCUUCAAAGACAAAUUUGAUUAUAUAUUCUUUAUCCACUGUCGAGAGGUGAGCCUCAGGACACCAAGGAGUCUGGGAGACCUGAUUGUCAGCUGCUGGCCUGAUCCAAACCCACCACUGUGCAAGAUCCUGCAUAAGCCUUCCAGGAUCCUCUUCCUCAUGGAUGGCUUUGAUGAGCUGCAAGGGGCCUUUGAUGAGCACAUUGGAGAGGUCUGCACAGACUGGCAGAAGGCUGUGAGGGGAGACAUUUUACUGAGCAGCCUUAUCCGAAAGAAGCUGCUGCCCAAGGCCUCUCUGCUCAUUACGACGAGGCCGGUAGCCUUGGAGAAACUGCAACAUCUGCUGGACCACCCACGCCAUGUAGAGAUCCUAGGUUUCUCUGAGGCCAAAAGGAAGGAGUAUUUCUUUAAGUAUUUCUCAGAUGAGCUGCAGGCCAGGGAAGCCUUCAGGCUGAUCCAAGAGAAUGAGAUCCUCUUUACCAUGUGCUUCAUCCCCCUGGUCUGCUGGAUUGUGUGCACAGGGCUCAAGCAGCAGAUGGAGACCGGGAAGAGCCUGGCCCAGACCUCCAAGACCACUACUGCCGUCUAUAUCUUUUUCCUCUCCAGCCUGCUGCAGUCCCGAGGGGACACGGAGGAGCAUCUCUUCUCUUCCCACCUACAGGGGCUCUGCUCACUGGCUGCAGAUGGAAUUUGGAACCAGAAAAUCCUAUUUGAGGAGUGUGAUCUGAGGAAGCACGGCCUGCAGGAGAGAGAUGUUUCCGCUUUCCUGAGGAUGAACGUGUUCCAGAAGGAAGUGGACUGUGAGAGAUUCUACAGCUUCAGUCACAUGACCUUCCAGGAGUUCUUUGCUGCUAUGUACUAUUUGCUGGAAGAGCAGGUGGCCAGGAGGAAGGGACCAGCAGGUUGUUCGGAUCUUCUGAACCGAGACGUGAAGGUCCUCCUAGAAAAUUACGGCAAGUUUGAAAAAGGCUAUCUGAUUUUCGUGGUCCGUUUUCUCUUUGGCCUUGUGAACCAGGAGAGAACCUCCUAUUUGGAGAAGAAAUUGAGUUGCAAGAUCUCUCAGCAAGUCAGACUGGAGCUGCUGAAAUGGAUUGAAGUGAAAGCCAAGGCCAAGAAGCUGCAGAGACAGCCCAGCCAGCUGGAACUGUUCUACUGCCUGUAUGAGAUGCAGGAAGAAGACUUUGUGCAGAGGGCCAUGGACCACUUUCCCAAAAUUGAGAUCAACCUCUCUACCAGAAUGGACCACGUGGUGUCUUCCUUUUGCAUCAAGAACUGUCGCCGGGUGAAAACGCUUUCCCUGGGGUUUCUCCACAACUCAUCCAAGGAAGAAGAAGAAGAGAAGGGGGAAAGCCAACACUUGGCCCAGGCCCAGUGUGUUUUCCCAGAGCCCCACGCUGCCUGUUCUUCCAGAUUGGAGAGCGGCGAUCUCACGUCUAGCUUCUGCCGAGGCCUCUUCUCCAGUCUAAGCACCAACCAGAACCUCACAGAACUGGACCUCAGUGACAAUACCCUGGGGGAUCCGGGCAUGAGGGUGCUGUGUGAGACACUCCAGCAUCCAGGCUGUAACAUUCAGAGACUGUGGUUGGGGCGCUGUGGACUUUCCCACCAGUGCUGUUUCGACAUCUCCUCUGUCCUGAGCAGCAGCCAGAAGCUGGUGGAGCUGGAUCUGAGUGACAACGCCCUGGGGGACUUUGGAGUCAGACUUCUGUGUGAGGGACUGAAGCACCUGUUCUGCAACCUGCAGAAACUCUGGUUGGUCAGCUGCUGUCUCACAUCUGCGUGUUGUCAGGAUCUCGCAUUGGCUCUGAGCUCCAACCGUUCUCUGACCAGACUGUACAUUGGAGAAAAUGCCUUGGGAGAUUCAGGAGUCCAAGUUUUGUGUGAAAAAAUCAAGCACCCACAGUGUAACUUGCAGAAGCUGGGGUUGGUGAAUUCCGGCCUUACUUCCAUAUGUUGUUCAGCUCUGACCUCCGUGCUCAAAGCCAGCCGGAACCUCACACACCUCUACCUGCGAAACAAUGCUCUUGGAGACACGGGGCUCCAGCUCCUCUGUGAGGGACUCCUGCACCCCAACUGCAAGCUGCAGAUGCUGGAAUUAGACAACUGCAGCCUCACCUCACACUGCUCUUGGAGUCUCUCCAAAAUGCUGACCCGCAACCGGAGCCUUCGGAAGCUGAACCUGGGCAACAAUGACUUGGGUGACCUGGGUGUGGUGAUGCUCUGUGAGGUUCUGAAGCAGCAGGGCUGCCUUCUGCAGAAUCUACAGUUGUGUGAAAUGUAUUUUAAUUAUGAAACAAAACAUGCCUUAGAAGUGCUUCAGGAAGAAAAGCCUGAGCUGACUAUUGUCUUUGAGCCUUCUUGGUAGGCGUGGAAACAGGACUGCCAGGUGCCAAGGCCUGCUCCGUGCCCCAGAGCAUCCCAUUCUUCACGGUUAUAAUCCCUCCUCCUCCACCAUCAGGACCACAGCCAGGGUUCUUCCAACUCAGGGUCUGGAGCAAAGGCUCGUGUGGGGAGCCGAGCACGUUUUCCCCAGGGAAGACAUCGAUAGUGUGAAACUGCCAGAGGAUGCGGCCGUCAUAUCCUCAGUCGGCAAGGUGUUCCCUCUUGGUGUCCUCAUGGAACCAACUUAUAGAACAUUUUCUGUCCUUUCCUCCCCCAAUGCUGGUUUUUUUAAAUCUCCCCCUCCUUCCCCCACUCUUCCCCCUCAUGUUCUUUACAUUGUUUUUGUUUUUCUGUUAACUGACCGUACCGUCUAAGCAGCUGGCUAUGCGCUAAAUGGCAAGUUUGUGGUAGCCAUUUAUCUACUCAUUUGUUUUUAUUUUUAUAGUUAUGUUUUUUGUUUAGCUACCUGAAAACCCAGAGAUUUAUAAAAAAUCUAUUUUUAUAUUUAUUGU